AUGGUAAUGCGCUCCCAGAGGCUUCUCGACAUCCCAAAGCACAACAUCGCAAAGCUGGCUGCCAGGCCCGAACGGAAAGGGGAACAAGAGAGGCCCAAGAAGAGACAGGAGUUGCAAGGCGAGACAUUCGAGUCUCACUCAGGCUGCCCAGCUUCAGCUGCUGCCAUGCGUCCACUGCCAUCAUUCUCCUUGUCUCUUCAGCGCUUCACCGACCGCCGCCCGCAUUUGGAGAAGGCCAGGACCAAGACCAGGACCAAGAGGGAACCCCCGGACCAGCACCACCAAACUUCGCCAGCCUCUUUGCGCCGUGUACGAAUUGUUGGAAUAAGCCGAACCAUGGACGAGCUGCGCUUCCGAUCUCAACAGUCGCCCCGUAACGAGUCCACGAUGAACACACUUGUCUCACCUCCGCGGAACGUCCGCCUCCCGCAGCCUGUUCAGGCCCACGAUGGGCGAGGUGCCCUACCUCGCCGCUUCACCACGGAUUCGGGGCGUGUACCAACAUUGUCUUCAAUCACCGGUCAGCGCGGCCCUGACCUUGGUGGCCCUGAUUAUAACAACAUUGAGAAGAAGAAGAUCGAAUAUGAGAGACUGCGCGAGCAGAGACGUCGCUUCGAGAUGGAGAUGCAGAAGCUGGAGCAGGCCCAGCGUCGCGAGGAGAUGGAGCUUGCAAAGAUGCAAGACGACCUCCGCCAGGGUCACCAGUCGGAGCCUACGACGCCGCCCGAAUACCACGAAUCGUCCGGCUUCCCCACGAUGUUCUCGCGUCCCAACCGCUACUCGACUUCGAGCUUGACCUCGCCUCCCGGUCUCUUCAACCGUCCCGGCCGCUCGGGCUCGCAGCUCACUUCGCCGCACUCCACGGUGAUGCAGUCCCGCUUCACCUUUGACGACCAUUUGCCAUCCCGAUCCGUGCCGGGAUCUCGCAGAAACAGCGACGAGGACGAAAAGGAGGAGGCAGUUCGCCAAGAUCCGACUAGUCAUCGAUCUUCCAACGCCUACAACCGCUACUCGAUGCCGGUCACGCGCUCUCGCACUGGUCUCUACGGCGCCGACCUCGACCAGACUGGCACUGCUCGCUUCCUCUUUGGCGAGGAGGACGCUUCUGGCGAGAACAAGUACGGCCAGGCCAACGGCGACGACAACUUCCCUACUCUGGUUCGCCAGAACGAUCAAAUGCUCUCUGCAUCAUCCGCUGCCCUUGACCUUGCCCUGUCUCCCUCGCCCGCUCCUGACGCGCCGUCCUCCCAUGGUUGGGGCAAUAUUAACCGUCACCGAACCCAACAGAGCUUGUCUGCUAUCAACACGUCUUCGCUCAACGGAGCUUCAUCUUCUGGAGAAAUCGGCAAGCGUUCCUCAGUCCGCCACUCGCUCGACUUGAAGUUCUUCCCGGACGCUCCCUCCGACAACCAGGCUUCCAUCGUCUCUCCUCCCGGCAACCACCCCGGUAACCACAUCAUGGCUACUCCUCCCAAGUUGCAGAGCUCCUUCUCUGCCAACGAUGUGCCUACCGUCAAGAGCACUACCAACGGCGGCCCUGUCACCAACAACCACGCCCAGCAGCAUUUCCACAACCACAAUGCCAGCAUCGGUCGCAUUCCCGCUGGCGCUGUCCCCGGCCGCCAUAGCCGUGAGCUGUCCAAAGACAACAACAUGGGCGGCCCUCGCGAGCAGGCUGGUUCUUAUCCUUCCAUCCAGUCGGCUCUUCAGGCCAAUGCCGCUCCUUUCGGUCCUAAUGCUCCGGGUCAAGGCUUCCCUCACACCUCUCAGGGCAACCAGACUCCCAACGGUACCGCCACUGCUGGCCCGAACAACGCCUACGGUGGAUUCUACCCGAGCGGCUACGUCUCGCCCAAUAACAACGGCGGUCCUCCCCCCGCAUCUGGCCCUGGCCCCUACGGCGUCCCUCUCUUGGCCAUGAGCAUGCAGAACAUGAACCUCAAUGGCAACAACAACAUGUACCCUGCUCAGAACUACGCUGGCUAUGGCGCUCUGUACAACCCUCAGCCUCAGCCCCGUGAUAGCCAGGCUCGUGUCAUUCAACAUCGACGCCAGAUGGACAAUGAAGCCAUGUCGCGCUACAACGGUCUCGCUCUUGAGAACGUUGGCGGCCAGAUCUAUGAUCUUUGCAAGGACCAGCACGGCUGCCGCUAUCUGCAAAAGAAGCUCGAGGAGCGCAACCCGGAGCAGGUCCACAUGAUCUGGCUGGAGACCAACCAGCACGUCAUUGAACUCAUGACUGAUCCUUUUGGCAACUAUCUUUGCCAGAAGCUGCUGGAGUACUGUAACGACGAUGAGCGCACUGUGCUCAUUCAGAACGCCGCCGUCGACAUGGUUCGCAUUGCCCUCAACCAGCACGGCACCCGUGCUCUUCAGAAGAUGAUUGAGUUUGUUACUACUCCGACCCAGAUUGAGAUGAUCAUCAACGCUCUUCGCUUUCAGGUCGUUGAGCUCAUCCAGGACCUCAACGGCAACCAUGUCAUCCAGAAGUGUCUCAACAAGCUCAGCGCUCAGGAUGCGCAGUUCAUCUUCGACGCUGUCGGCACCAACUGCGUUGAUGUUGGCACUCACCGUCACGGUUGCUGCGUUCUCCAGCGCUGCAUUGACCACGCGUCUGGAGAGCAGAAGGUCUGGCUGAUUGCCAAGAUCACCGAGCAUGCUCCAAUUCUUGUGCAGGAUCCCUUCGGCAACUACGUUGUCCAGUACAUCAUCGACCUGAACGAGCCCUCCUUCACCGAGCCGAUUGUGCGUAUGUUCCAGAACCGCAUCGGCCAGCUCUCCCGCCACAAGUUCAGCUCCAACGUCAUCGAGAAGUGCCUUCGUUGCUCCCAGGAGCCUUCUCGCGAGAUGAUCGUCGACGAGCUCCUGAACCCCGGCGAGAUCGAGAGACUGCUCCGCGACUCAUAUGCCAACUACGUCAUCCAGACCGCCCUCGAGUAUGCUCCUCCUGCCAGCAAGUAUCGCUUGGUGGAUGCCAUCCGCCCCAUCCUGCCUUCCAUUCGGUCCACUCCCUAUGGUCGUCGCAUUCAGGCCAAGAUCCAGGCCUUUGAGGGACGUGGCAGUGCUACCUCGAGCGGUCAGGUUACUCCCGCGGAUCCCACUCAAGGCCAGAUUCCCCUGCGUCCGGGCCACAACCGCGCCAUGUCUAACAACACCUCCAUCAUCGCCCCUGGCGGUGCCUUUGGCAAUGGUCUGAAUGGUGGUCUCAACGGCGGUAGUAUGGCUCCUCGUGGCAACCAAGCCAACUACCCCACGACCAACAACGUCACUGUUCCGCCCCCCGCUCCCCAGAACCAGCGCGUUCAGCAGUUUGGCUACAAUGGCCAGCAGCGCACCAACGGUGGUGCCGCCGCUGACGCCGCUGCAGGCGAGUCUCAGUGGCUGUAA